AAAACUGUUUAUUUCAAAGUGGGCUCAACUUGACUACUUCUUGUUGAUAAAAUCUUAAAUUUGGAACCUUCAGGAUUAAUUGCUAAACUAAAUAUUACAUCGAGUGUUUACCUCAAAGCUGAAGUCAAUAGUGUUUUCAGGGAGAGUCAUAAAAGCAAGACUUGAGUCAGACCUGAAUAGCUACCUUGCUGUUUACUAAUCCCAUUUUCAUCUCAUUGGAUCACAGAAUUGAUCUUUUUCUUUAUCAAGCUGAGCUUUCUUGCAGAAGUGGAGUCCUCCUUGCUGUCAUGUCUGGCUGAGAUGUUGGGAUCAAAACUGUUCAGAUUCAUCAGGACGGUCUUAUUGUGCCCUUUGACAUAUUUCACAGUGUGGAACUCCUCGUACUUUUUAUGCUUUGCUCUGUGGUCACUGCCAAUAGAAAGCAGUGUCUCCUGACUGUAAAACCACAUCCAGGUCUCAGUGAUUGAUCUGAACAGCAGCUCACUAAGCUGUUUGGUUUAAACAUUGACUAUUACCUGACUGGAGCUGGUCUCAGUUUAUAGUGCAUCUCUCUCUGAGAGUUAGGCGAGAAAGGAACUCUGUGGAUAUUCAAGGAUCCUUGCCUGCUUGGGGGGGUUCCUGGAGGAAUCUUUAACAGCUCAGUUCAGACAAAAGGUUGUUAAGGGUUCCUGGGGGAGCCUUAUUAAAUGUAAUAGCGUGCAUUGCAAUAUUUCAACAUAUAUAUAUAAUAUAAUAAGCAGGGUUCAGUUUAUGGUUAAGGAAUAAGACAGCUGACAGUAAUACAAUAAUUUAUGUUAGGCCUGUAUAAAACCAAUUUAAAAGCCUUAAUAGUCACAUAAUAUACAGACUCUGUAGGUUUUUCUGCUGGAGAAGGGGUCUGGAAGACAGAGCAGGAACUCAAUGUGGCUGCUUUUCAUCACUAACGUUUAAAAAAUCCUACUGAGGAAUUAUUUUAGGGUACAGUUUUUUUUUUUUUAUACAUUAAAUUAUGGAGCAUCUUUAACCAAUACUGGAGAGAUCCAUUGGCGUUUUAGAAGCUGGUUUUAUAUAUUUGGAAAAAUUAGGAUCUUGUCAGAUUUUUUGGAAUUAUGUGCAAAUGACUCUAGAGACAAAUGACAAGGUCCCUUUAGCCUAAAGAAAAUAAAGUCUCACCAUUUUUAUCAGGAACUAUAUCGUCUAUCAUAAUAUGUUUUUCUUAUGUUUGGGGUGAAAACACAGCAACAAUGACAACAACACAAAACAAUACAUAUAUAUUAUAAAUUAGAAUUUGGCAUGGGAGUGAAUCAUUUGGGGUUUGCAGUAUAUUUAUUGAUUUAUGUAUAGCAUCAUGUUUGGUGACUUUGUCUGCUUUCCUUCCGUGUGUGUUUUCGAGCUGUUUUUUCUCUGCCUCUGGUGUCUCAGACAUGGCGUGGAGCCUCGCAAGCUUCUUAACUGCCUUUGUGUUUGACACCGAGCCAGCAGAAGCAUAUUUUUGAACCGACAAGUCUGCUUGUUCCGGACAUUCCCAUGGUUUGUGAAUGCAGCAUCGGGGGCAUCACUGCCAGUAGAAGGAGCUCUUCGGUCUUACCUAAUCCAAAAGCCAAACAUACACAAACAUGGCGAUAUCACAGGCAGGCAAGAUGCUGUCCUCUCUUCGGUGUUCCUUAUAUUUAUUAGUCCUCGGGCUUGCAGGGAUAAACUCGUCGACCCUUCGUCUUCACCCGGAGCAGCGCUACAUGCUGCCGCAAAACAGAGGCUUUUUCACAAUAGAAGCAAAUGAGGAUUUACCAGACGGAGGUGGAGGAGGCGCCGCGGCUCCAGCGCUGCCUCUGGCCGCUCGUAGCGCAGCUCAAGGCGGGUCGGACUCCGGCGCCCAUCCGCUGCAUCGAAGCCGCCGGAGCGCUGGAGACUCGGCUCUGCCAAAGGUGUACGGCCAGGCCAACCUGAACGACUCCCACAACCAGAUGGUGGUCCACUGGGCUGGAGAGAAGAGCAACGUCAUUGUAGCCUUGGCCCGAGACAGCGCAGGAGCCACUGGACCCAAAACCAGCUCUGUCUACGUGUCCUAUGACUACGGAACCACUUUCACGCUCGUCUCAGACAAGUUCCAGCUCUCAGGACCCAAGGUGAAGGAAGGCAGCAAGCAGGUCAUAUCCCAGUUCUACCACAGCCCAGCAGACAACAGGAGGUACCUUUUCGUCGACUCCACCAACAACUACCUGUGGAACACGUUUGACUUCUGUAAGAGCGUCCAGGGCUUCUCCCUCCCCUUCAAACCGACCGACCUGCUGCUCCACACCAGGAGAUCCAACCUGGUGCUCGGCUACGACAGCUCCCACCCUGACAAACCGCUGUGGAAAUCAGACGACUUUGGGGAGACGUGGGUGUUGAUCCAGGAGCAUGUGAAGACCUACUUUUGGGGUGUGGAGCCCUACGACCCUCCCACCACGGUGCUGGUCCAGAGACACGAGCCCCAGGGUGUCUCCACCAUCCUCAGCAGCACAGACUUCUUCCAGAGCGAACAGAACCGCAGAGUGAUCCUGGAGCAGGUGGACAGCUUCCAGCUCCGAGACAAGUACAUGUUUGCCACCACCACACGGAAACUGUUUGGCAGCCAUGAACCUUCAUUUGUGCAGCUCUGGGUCUCCUACAACCGCCAGCCAAUGAAAGCUGCCCAGUUUAUGACCCGACAUCCAAUCACGGAGUACUACAUCGCAGACGCCUCCGAGGACCAAGUGUUUGUGUGUGUGAACCACCUGAACAACGUCACACACCUCUACAUCUCAGACACACAGGGCCUCUCCUUCUCUCUGUCUCUGGAGAAUGUGUUAUAUUACAGUCCUGAGGGAUCUGGCAGCAACACGCUCAUCAGGUACUUUGCCAAUGAGCCGUUUGCCGACCUGCACCGCGUGGAGGGGCUGCGAGGCGUCUUCAUCGCCACACUCAUCAACGGCUCCGUCAGCGAGGACAACAUGCGGUCCGUUAUCACUUUUGACAAGGGCGGGACGUGGGAGCUGCUUCAGCCACCUGCUGCUGACAGCCUGGGAGGAACGAUGGACUGCCAGCUCAGUAAAGGCUGCUCUCUCCACCUGGCUCAGCGCUGGAGCCAGCUGUUCAACAUCCAGCUGAGGAGGAUGCCCAUCCUAUCCAAGGACUCUGCACCUGGACUCAUCAUGGCCACAGGAUCUGUAGGCAGGAACUUGGCCAACAAACCCAACGUGUACGUCUCUAGCGGCGCUGGAGCGCGGUGGAGAGAGGCGCUGGCAGGCCCUCAUUUCUACACAUGGGGCGACCACGGUGGCAUCCUGAUGGCCAUCGCACAAGGAGGCGCCACCACACAUCUCAAAUUCAGCACCAACGAAGGCGAGACGUGGACGGACUUUAAGUUCUCAGAUAAGGAGGUGUACGUGUACCAGCUGCUGACGGAGCCCGGAGAGAAGAGCACCAUCUUCACCAUCUUCGGCUCCUACGCUGAGCAGAGACACAGCUGGCUCAUCCUGCAGGUCAACACCUCCGACGUUCUGGGUGUUCCUUGUUCGGAUGCCGACUACAAGCGCUGGUCUCCGUCGGAUGAGCACGGCAACGAGUGUCUGCUGGGCAGAGAGAUAACGUUCAAGAGACGAGCUCCUCACGCUACAUGUUUUAACGGAGAGGACUUCGACCGGCCGGUCACCAUCUCGAACUGCUCCUGCACACGGCAGGACUAUGAAUGUGACUACGGUUUCAAGCUGAGUGAAGACUUGUCUCUGCAGGUGUGUGUUCCUGACCCUGAGUUUCUGGGUGACCUCUACGCUCCUCCAGUCCCUUGCCCAGUCGGUACCAGCUACCGCCGCAGCAAAGGCUACAGAAAGGUACCAGGCGAUAGCUGUCGCGGAGGAGACGUGGAGUCCAGACUGGAUGGAGAGAUGCUGCCCUGUCCUGUCGGAGAGAGCAACGAGUUCAUCCUGUACGCUGUGAGGAACUCCAUCCAUCGCUACGACCUGGCCACAGGCACUGACCAGGCCCUGCCUCUGGCCGGCCUCCGGGAGGCUGUAGCUCUGGACUUUGACUAUGACAGGAACUGCCUGUACUGGGCUGACAUCUCUCUGGACACCAUACAGCGUCUGUGUCUGAAUGGCAGCACAGGUCAGGAGGUCGUAGUGAGGAAGGACCUGCAGAACGUGGAGGCCCUCACCUUUGACCCCAUCAGUAGACUGCUCUACUGGGUUGAUGCUGGAGCGCAGAAGAUUGAGGUUUCAAACCCUGACGGAGACCUGCGUCAUACUCUGCUCAACUCCAGCAUCCUGGAACAUCCCCGAGCUCUGGUUCUGCUGCCUGGAGAGAGCCUGAUGUUCUGGACUGACUGGGGAGACCGAGCGCCUGGCGUCUACCGGAGCUACAUGGAUGGAACCAACGUGUCGUGCAUCGUGUCGGAGGGCGUCCGCUGGCCCAACGGCAUCACGGCCGACGACCACUGGCUGUACUGGACCGAAGCCUACAGUGACCGCAUCGAGAGAGCCGAUUUCACCGGGGGCCAGAGGAGCGUUCUCAUGGAGGGACUGCCCCACCCGUACGCCAUCGCCGUCUUCAAGAAUGAUCUGUACUGGGACGACUGGUCCAGAAUGGGAAUCUUUAAAGCUCCGAAGGCUGGUUCUCAGAGCAACGAGCUGAUUGUUGGCAGACUCACUGGAGUCAUGGACCUCAAGAUCUUCUAUAAAGGGAAGAACAGAGGCCACAAUGCCUGCGCCGACCAGCCAUGCAGCCUGCUGUGUCUGCCUCAGCCCGGCCACCGACACACCUGUGUUUGCCCUGAUGGUGCCCCGACUGUAAGCAUGCCCAACGGAGAGCUGCAGUGCCAGUGUCCCAGCGGCUACCAGCUCCAUAACAGCACCUGCAUCAAGACCGAGCACAGCUGUUUGCCCAACCAGUACCGCUGCUCCAACGGCCGCUGCAUCAGCAGCAUCUGGAAAUGUGACAGCGACAACGACUGUGGAGACAUGAGUGAUGAACGAGAGUGUCCCACCACGACCUGCGACCCGUCCAACCAGUUUCGCUGCGUGGCCUCAGGGUCCUGCAUCCCGCUGGCCUUCAAAUGUGACCACGAGGACGACUGUGGGGACAACAGUGACGAGGAACACUGUGAGUCUCACCAGUGUGGCCCCGGGGAGUUCACAUGUGCACGAGGUGUUUGUAUCCGCGAGGUGUGGCGCUGCGAUGGAGACAACGACUGCAGAGACUGGUCGGAUGAAGUGAACUGCACAGUUGGCCACCAUACAUGCGAGCCCAGCAGCUUCCAGUGUCACACAGGCCACUGUAUUCCACAGCGAUGGAAGUGUGACGGUGAUGAUGACUGUCAGGACGACUCAGAUGAAGAUCCUCAAUAUUGUGAGGGAACCAGGUGUAAAGGCUUCCUGUGCGCUAAUGGCACCUGCCUGGCAGCCACUGCACACUGCAAUGGUAUUCAGGAGUGUCCAGAUGGUGCUGACGAGCACAAUUGUGAUCCCCUGUGUACUCGCUACAUGGAGUUUGUUUGUAAGAACCGAGCCCAGUGUCUGUUUCAGUCUCUGGUUUGUGACGGGAUCAAACACUGUGAAGACGGCUCUGAUGAGGACGCUGACUAUGCCGGAUGUGCUACACCAUCUGAAUUUGGCAAAGUGUGCGACGCCUACACCUUCCAGUGUGCCAACGGAGUGUGUGUGAGCCUGGAGUGGAAGUGCGACGGCAUGGAUGACUGUGGGGAUUACUCUGAUGAAGCCAACUGUGCUGCUCCCAGUGAAGUCCCCGGCUGCUCCAGGUAUUUCCAGUACGAGUGCAAAAACGGACGCUGCAUUCCGACGUGGUGGAAGUGUGACGGAGAGAAUGACUGUGGGGACUGGUCGGACGAAGCCCCGUGUACCGGCGGUGUCACUCCUCACAGUGUGGACCCUUCUCCCACCACCUGCGCCCCCAACCGCUUCCACUGUGGCUCCGGAGCUUGUAUCAUCAACACCUGGGUGUGCGACGGCUAUGCUGACUGCACCGACGGCAGCGAUGAACUCGGAUGUCCUACAGUUAAUGGCUCCGUGACUUUGGCCCCGGUACCCACCGAGUACGCUCCCCCACCUCCCUCCCCUGGUCGCUGCAGUCAGGGUCAGUUCAUGUGCCGCCGGCCCCCCCACUGCAUCCCCGACUGGCAGCACUGUGACGGUCAACUCCACUGCCAGGACGGCUCUGACGAAGCCCACUGCCCCACACGAUCACCUCUGUUCUGUGUCAACGGGACUCGCUGUGCUGACGACGAAGCCUGCGUGCUGGACAGCGAGAGGUGCGACGGCUUCCUGGACUGCUCUGACCACAGCGACGAGGACAACUGCACCUCGGACACUCUGGCUUAUAAAGUCCAGAACCUGCAGUGGACACCCGACUUCUUGGGUGCCAUCACUCUGACCUGGUCCCGUCCCAAAAGCCUUCCCCUGGACUCCUGCUACUUCCUCAUCUACUACAGGCUCGUGGGCACGCAGCAGUGGACCACCAUGGACACCCACAGCAACAAGACCAGCUACAAACUGACCGUGCUGAAACCAGACACCACCUACCACGUGAAGGUGCUCACGCAGUGCCUCAGCAGGCUGCACAAGACCAAUGAGGUGAUCACGGUCAGGACUCCAGAGGGACUGCCCGACCCUCCCAGGAACCUGCAGCUGACGUGUGAUAACGGUGAAGAUGGGACAGUGGAGGUUUCCUGGAACCCUCCUGACAAAGGACACGGCCUCAUCAGAGAGUACAUUGUUGAAUACAGUGAACAUGAAGGUCUUGACUGGACAUCACAAAGAUCCACCAAAACCAGCACUGAGGUGAAGGAGCUGCAGCCAGACACGCUGUACAGGUUCAGGGUGGCUGCAGUGACCAGCCGAGGUGUCGGAAACUGGACCGAGGUGAAAUCCAUCACCCCCAAGAAAGCUCUUCCUCCUCCGUCUGUGAUCGCCGACAGCAUCACCGGAGACUCCAUGAGCCUUUCAUUCAGCCUGAACUCCCAAUAUGAUGUGAAACAGUACAUAGUGAUUCUGUCCUGGCAGUUUGAUACCCACGUCAAGGAGAGCAAGAACUACACGGUCACAGCGGGGAUCCUCAAAGCUACAAACCUGACAUCGGGGACGGUGUACGAGGUGGCUGUGUGGGCUCACACCAGUAUAGGAGACAGUCCCACCGCCCUGUCCCAUCACCAGACCACCGGCACCCAGCCAGAGCGGCCCUCCCUCAAAGCCCGGGCUCUCAACCAGACGGCUGUGGAGUGCAUCUGGACCAUCAAAGGACCCCCUGCACAGGUGUAUGGGGUGUUUUAUGCCACCUCCUUCCUGGACCUGUACCGCAGUCCUCGUCAGAUCCACACCACUUCUCUCAGCCUCACACUGAAUGUAGACAGCGAUGAACAGUAUCUCUUCCUGGCGCGAGCUGUCUCUCCCUUCCUGGGUCCUCCCUCCGACUACGCUGUGGUGAAAAUGAUUCCCAACGAGAGGCUGCCACCCAGGAACCUCCACCGCGUGCGAGUGGACAAGACUCAGGCCAUGCUGAAAUGGCAGCCGCCCUACGACACCCCCAACGCCCCUCUGACAUAUGUGAUCCACGUGCGGGAUGCGAUCCGGAAGGUGGAGUGGGACUACAAGCUCAAAACCCAGAACAACACAGUGGAGUACCAGCUGAAAAACCUGGAGCCCGGAGGACGGUACAGCGUCUCUGUUCGCCUGCGCAACAUGAGCAAGGAGGCCAGCUUCACUCUCAGCACAGUUCCUCUUCCAGCUCCAGAAGCCCUGAAAAUUUUGACAGAGAAAGACCACGUGUUCCUCUUCUGGAAGAGUCUGGCUGUGCGAGAGAAGGGCUUCAAUGAGAGCAGGGGCUAUGAGGUGCACGUGUUCGACAGCGUGACCAACCAGACGUCCUACCUGGGAAACACCACAGAGACCUACUUCCGCAUCAGCAGCCUGCUGCUGGGACACAACUACACUUUCUCUGUGCAGGCCCGCUGCCUGCUCAGCGGCCAGCUGUGUGGGGAGCCUGCACUGCUGCUCUACAACCAGCUGUCAGGGUCCAGUGACGCCUCCCGCAGUGAGGGCCACUCAGGAGACAUGGCAGCGGUGGUGGUCCCGGUCCUGUUCCUGCUGCUGCUGGGAGUGUGCGGCGGCUUGGUGGCGCUCUACUUCCGACACCGCCGGCUGCAGAACAGUUUUACCGCCUUCGCCAACUCCCACUACAACUCUCGCCUGGGCUCUGCCAUCUUCUCCUCUGGGGAUGAACUGGGAGCCAGUAGAGCAUCACCAGAAAGCUGA